CUAUACAACAAACACCUCCCAAUUCCCCAUUCUCUCUUCUUCUUCUCUCUCCAGUGGUCUUUCUGCUACAAAAAAAAAAAAAAAAAGCCAGUGAGUAAUGGGUUCAACCAAGCUAUUCUUGUUCCAAAUCUUCUUCAUGGUCUCCCUAAUUCAUUUAUCCUCCGCUGCUAGGAGACUCGCCGAUCAGGUACAGGAGCAGGCCCAGCUCUUGCAGUACCACAACGGUCCUCUCCUCUAUGGAAAAAUCUCAGUAAACCUCAUUUGGUAUGGCAACUUCAAGCCUUCCCAACGUGCCAUCAUCUCCGAUUUUAUCUCGUCCAUCACUACACCAUCAGCUUCAAAGUCCACCCAGACCCAGCAGGCCCAACCUUCUGUUGCUACCUGGUGGAAAACCACCGAGAAAUACUACCACCUCGGCGCCAAGAAGCACCCCUCCCUCACCCUCCAGAUGGGCAAGCAGAUCCUUGACAAGUACUCGGUUGGGAAAUCUCUCACCAGCAAGCAACUGGUGCAGUUGGCUGCGAAAGGAGACCAAAAGAACGCCAUCAACAUUGUGUUGACGGCUUCGGACGUGGCCGUCGAAGGCUUCUGCUCGAGCAGGUGCGGGACACACGGCUCUUCCUCCUCCGGUGCCCUGGUGAAGAAGAAUAACAAGUACAAGUUCGCAUACAUCUGGGUGGGAAACUCGGAGACUCAGUGCCCAGGUCAAUGUGCUUGGCCGUUCCACCAGCCCAUCUACGGACCCCAAAGCCCACCGUUGGUGGCACCAAACAACGACGUGGGCGUGGAUGGUAUCGUGAUCAACCUUGGGAGUCUGUUGGCAGGAACGGCGACGAAUCCCUUCGGCAACGGCUACUUCCAGGGAUCUGCAGGAGCGCCUCUAGAGGUAGCUUCGGCUUGCCCAGGCGUAUAUGGCAAGGGGGCUUACCCGGGUUACGCAGGGGAGUUACUGGUAGAUCCCACCACUGGAGCUAGCUACAAUGCAUACGGCGCAAACGGAAGGAAAUACCUUCUCCCAGCCUUGUUUGAUCCUUCCACUUCUUCCUGCUCCACAUUGGUUUGACCCUUUGAGGAGAGAGAGAGAGAGAGAGGGUAUACUAGUAUUAACCAUCCGGUAUAGUAAAUAGUAAUAGYUCGUACGGCAAUCUCCGAUUCAGUGGAGAAAGAAAAGAUUGUGGUAUGUAUGUGUAUACUUCACACAUACUUUUGAUCAUGUAGGAAAGGUCCAUACUCCCAUAGGGCCUACGGAGGAUACUGUAAUUCAUUUAUUGAUUUAAUUAAUUUUUUAUCAUGAAGAGCAAAAUUAGAGUGCUUUGCUUUUGAAA